CCAGUACCACCCUUACUCGCCACAGCGACCUCACAAGACAUUCCAGACGAUCAAUUGAGCAUAGUUACUCAGCCUCCCAGCGAUGGUGCCAUCCCUACAGACGUCGUGGAGCCCAACAUCUCGUACUCCCUGCCUCCACCCACCCCCGUCACAGAGGUCUCCGAAGUGCCCCAAGACGAAGCCUCAAUUCCUUCGGAAGUGCCUUUGAUGAACUCUUUGCCAGAAGAGGUGCAACGUCGAUUCCCCUUCUAUCCCCCUCUCAAGUGGACCAAUGAGCGUGAGUUGGAGGAGAUGGCAAAUAAAGCCGCACAAGAGUUGAGAGAAUUUGUCAACGGAAUGAUUGAUGACUUUCAUGCUGAAGAUCACAUUGUAACCAAAGAGCUUGAUACGCCCUGUUGUAGGUACCUUCGACAGAAGCUGCUGUCAAAACCGUGUCGCAAUCAGGGAUUCAUUUUGGACGGCUAUCCAAACACCCUCAGUCAAGCCGACGCCUUGUUUGCAAAUCCAGGCGAUGCGGGCAGGGACCCUCGUCAUCCCACGUACGAUCCUUUAGUGUCUCCGCACCACGUCAUUUACCUGGAAGGUAGCAACGCCCUUGUAACACAUCGGUACAAGACGAUGCUGGAAGAGGAGGGAAUUGUGUUGGACGAAAUUGAUGACUACACCGACCCGGAUGGUACGACGCUAAAUAUCGAGGAGGAGGUAGCUCGUAGACGAUUAGCUCAAGGGAAUGCAAAACUUCCAAUCGGAGUAGAAAGAGGCGGUGGGAAGAAGGAGGAAAAGAGGAAAGACAUCGAUUUGAGGAUAACAUGGAUGAAGCCACAAGAGACACCGGAGAAGAGGUUGAGACGACGUUUGGAAUAUCACAGAUCUGUUAUGGCACCAAAAGCAGCCGCAGAAAUCGUUGAACAGACCUUUGAACCGUAUAAGUAUUUGGUGACAGAGAAGGAGUCGAUGAUGGUAGAUUCAACACAGUGGCCAAGGAAGCCUCUAGCGAAAGCCAAGUUGGAUCCAUUGGAACACAACGUUCUCACCUACUUUGAUCUACGUGAACUCCACCCUUUCACAGUGAAUAUGGAUCGGGACAAGAGUCAGCAUCUCUAUCCAGGAGGUCCACAAAAGUACACAUUUAAACAACUACUGAAGCGGAUAUCAAAAUCCCCAACUGGGGAUUUUGUGCGUCGAACACGAAGCCUUCUGGAUGAACGAGAUGGAGACGAGAAAUUUGUGGAAGACCUUCAGCGAGAGGCUGACAACCUGAAACAAUUCAAUGCGAAUCUUCGAAAAGAUGCAGCCAAAGUGUUGAAUGAGAGUGAACAAUUAAUAUGGGUGAGUUCGAGCCUCAUAGAUGUGUGGCAUCGUUGGUACGAGGGUUUGGGUGAAGGUGGCAUCGAUGAGGAAAGGAGGUGA